GAUCCGCAAGGGCGCGCUCACCCGCGUCGAGCAUUCGGGGCAACACGGCCGGGGCGGUCGCCAUGGCGGGGACGCGGGGCGGAGCGAGGCCUCUCUCCGGGCCGGGCCGAGCGGCCUCCCCUCCCGCCGCCGUCCGCGCGGGGCCGCAGUGCCGCCUACAGGCCCGGAGGAGCCACAGCGCCGUCGCCAGACGGCUGGGACCUCCCUGCGGGGGCGGGGCAGCCUCGGGGGCAGGGCCCGGAGUCCCGGGCUUGAGAGUCUCGGGCCGGGAGUGGAGCCACCGUCCUCGCCUUGCAGCUCGCCCCGCCCUGCUAAUGGGCCCGGCCAGCCCGGGAGGCCCCUGACCCUUGAGGGAGCCCGCUGGGCGAUGGGGACCCUCGCCUCCCGCCACGUGAGCUGUGAACCACGUCCCGCGCAACCUCUCGCGCUCCAAAACUGUUUUUAAUAUUUAAACGAUAUUUGACUUAAGAGAAUUUCAUAAAGUUAGCAAGAUCUCGGGUCUCAAUUUAGACUCGGGGUGCUGAGGGGCAUAUCAUCCCUGGAGUCCACUGGACAGCAAGCGUCCAAUCGUUGCCUGCCGAGUGGACCUGCAGUGCUCAAACCCCGUCACCCGGCUGGCGGGGUCCCAGGCCCUGGGAUUCCUUUCGCCCGGGAGUCCACGCCCCGAUGCUGGGGUGGCCCGGUCCCCUCAAGGGUGGCUGGGGACCAAGGGCUGCCCCAUACGACGGUCCCAGCAGGGAAUCUCUCGCCGUCCCGACCUUCCCGGUCCUUCGGGACUCGCUUGGCAGGUUCCCAACAAGCCCGCAGAGAAGCACCGCCCAUGGGCGGUGCCUUUAAGGCCCCCCCCCCCGCUCCGCCCCCAGUCACGGGACCUGGCCGUCGCUUGGCAACAGGACGCCGCCGAGUCCCGCUUCUCCAGGCGCAAUGGCGGAGGAAAGCCCCAGAGCGUGCGCGGAGCCUGUGGAGCCCAAGGCCACGGCCCCGCCUGAGAGGACCAGCGACUACUACCGCGUAAGCGCGGACCUGCCGGGCAGGUUCAACAACCCGGGGUGGUUCCGGGGCUACAGGACCCAGAAGGCUAUCUCGGUGUACAGGACCAGUAACCAGGCUUACGGGAGCAGAGCCCCCACUGUGCACGAGAUGCCCAAAGUAUUUUAUCCAAAUUCGAGUCAAUUUUCCCAACAACUUGCAGCGGGCGGAAUGUUCCGGAACAACACUCUCAAUGUUUACCUGGAGAAAAGCAUCGUGACUGGCCCUGAUAACUACAUCACCUCCUGUGACCGGCUCAACUUCCACCCCAGUUACAACAUCAACAGGCCAUCCAUCUGCGAUUGAGUGGCUGGAAACCCCCUCUAGGAGUCCUCUGACCCCAGGGGCCUCCUGGAAAAUCAUCGUCCCUCAUCCCCCACAGUCACCCGAUUGCGACGGCACAGACUGUGCCGCCUUCCCUGAAAAUAUUAUUCGUCUGCGGAGUAGGAAAAUAUGCAAACGGGGCUGUGAAGUCCUGCUAUUUCACGUCUAAUAAAUACAUGGGAAAAGAUGCUCGUGGUUGACUUUGCAUUAAAAACGCUGUCACAUCCUGA